UUUGUUUGGAACGGAACGGAUUUUUAACACACAAAAAAAUAAUAAAUUAUUGUUGUUCACAUUGUUGUUGACCAAUUCAAGAGUGAAGCAAAAAAAUCUAAGAAAUUUGAAUGAAGGACAUGCUGCAAUACCGUCGACGUCGUCGUCAACCUCUUUGAGCAGAAAAUUAAUUUUUUGUAUUUUUUUUUCGUACAAAGUCAUCAUCAUCUUAACUGCAAUCUAAUCAUGACUUGAGAAAAAAACAUGUGUACAUCAAGUGAUUAAAGAGGUAUUCUGCGAGAGAAGUCACACGACGAACAAAAAAAGCAUGUAAAUAAUGAAAAAAUAAAUCGAAGCAAAAUUCAAGUGAAAAAGCAAACAAGCCAAUCAACAAUCAUGUGGUAGUGCAUAAAAUAAUUUAAAAUUAAUUUCGUGGUGAAAAAAUCAAAACAAACAAGUGAAAAACAAUAAAAAGUUGAUGAAAAGAGAAUGAUUUUUAAUUAAUUAAAUCAAGUAACCACGAUACGAAAAAAAAGUUAAAAGAGUAUAAUGGUAAAGUUCCUAAAGUUGCCAAAGGAAAAAUUGUAAAAAUAAAGUUGAUAAAAAAAACAUCGGAAAAAUACAAAAAUGAUUGUUGAAUAAGAAUUGCCUAAAGAACUUGUCAAUCAAUUAUUUACGUUUCAAAUAUUGAAUUUAAAUACGAAAUUAAAGACAGCAGAAUCUACUGACAAAUGCUGACAAUUGCUCGCACAAAGCAAUGCUAAUUCCCGCGAAAUGUACGAGCUUCAUGGCUCUUGCAUUACUCUCCGUCGUCUUUGUCAGCACGUGCAUCCACGUGUCAUCGGCACAACUAAGAGUCGGAAAAACAGUCAAUAUUUUCAUACGUUACGGCUAUUUGAGUAUCUCGAUGAAGGUUAUUUCAUACAACGAUACGGAACGAUGGCUGUUCAAAGAACCAACUAAAACGGUUUUUAAGAACGUCGAGGCCUUGCACGAUGUCGUGGAAGAACCACGACCCGGCGUCUUCAACGGCGACUUUCACAUGGAAUUUUGCGACAAUAAGCGCCAACUUUUCCAGGCGUAUUUCCGUGACUUUCACAUCGAACUGCUCGACAGUCCGUGGCGUGCCUUUACCGAUGGCUGGCAUCCCGAAAUUGCCGCCAAAAAGCUCGGCAUAAAUUCGUCCUUCAUCUACGGCGAUUACUGCUACGUGCUAGUGCGCGUAUCAAAAUUUCACGAAACCGAAAGACUGUUGCCCGUGCUGCCGGCAAAUCAACCGCUCGAGAACGAGGCAAUUGGCAAGAUACGGAAUGUAACUAUCGGGGACACGACCUCCGCUGUGCAGUUCAUGAACAAAUUCGGAACGCAUUACAUUCAUUCGUACACGACGGGUAACUCGUUGUAUCAGGUGUUUGUAUUCACAAAAGCCAAAUACCAGCAUUUAAAGGAGCGUCUCAAGUCAAAAGGUGUGGCGGCAUUGUCAAAAGUUGAUCUUUACAAUUAUUUUGCGCCAUGGUAUUCCGAGCAUAUUGGUUCCAUUCGAUCGGCAUCCGGUAAUAGCACGGUCGAAAAAUGGGCAUCGCGCAAAUUGCGACUUUCCUAUUACCUCUUCACGUACAGCAGUUUGCUGAAAUUGCACGGAAACGGAAAUAUGUUGCGGGCACUUGACGAACUGCUGGAAAAUGAGGCGAUUUUGCACAUGGAACUGCGAUCGUUAGACGCGAUCUUCAAAGAACCCGUGAAACGACGAUGGUUCCAGGAAGUUUUGAACAAUUAUCUCAAACUGUGGGAGUCGAAUAUGUAAAAGUAGCAUUUUUUUUUAAAUUUCUGAUUAAGCUCAAUUUAGUUUAGGAAUUUUAGUUUUUAAGACAGACGACGUUUUUUUUGACAAAAAGUGCCACACAGACAGUGAUGAUCCUUGUUUUCCAUUUGACUAAGUAGACGAAAGUUAGAAUAUUUUCAGGUUUCUUCCAAUAUAAUUAAUUUUAAUGCCCCUUAGCUGUAAGAUUUGUAUGAUAGUAUCGGUAGAUUUAACAUUUAUUACUACUUUUCUGUGAUAGAAAUCGAUUAGACGUAAUACA